CCUAGACGGGCAUUCAGAAGGAAGGAGGGGGGGAAUUGGCUGCAGAAAAUAAUGUAUUCCAAUACCCUUCCUGCCCAAAGCAAAUCAGCUUCUAUUUGAUGCUUCAGAGACUGGGAGGGAGCUGAUGAAAGGACCAUGACAGAGAUCAAAGACGAGAACUUACCCCAGGAAGGCCCUGAGCCAAGAGAAAUUCUUGAGGCUUCCCCAGGCAAAUUGCCCAAGGACACUUUCUUCCAAACUAUAGCUGAUGAAAGGUUCUCUGUUUCAGCCCAGGAUAUGUGGGAUGCAGUUAAUGAAAAUGAAACACGUCAAGUAUUGGAGGAAAGUGAUAUGAAUUUUAAAGAGAAAGAUAAUUUUGGGAAUCGUGAUGUCCCCAAAAACCAGGAGGGAAACCAGCUGGAUAAAGGAUGCAGUAAAUCCAUUGCUCAUCACAAUGGUAGCUACCAUGGAGCUAUACAGGAAAGAAAGAAAAGGAUUGAAUGCUCAACUUGUGGAAAAAGCUUUGCUAGCAUACCAAACCUUAAAGCACAUUGGAAUAUCCACACAGGGGAGAACCAUAUGACUGCUUGCAGUGUGGAAAGAGAUUCAGUCAGAGCUCAGCUCUUAGGUGCACCAAAGAACCCUUACUAGGGAGAAACGAUAUAAAUGUUUUGAUUGUGGAAAGAAGUUUGCGUAUAGUGCAUACCUCAUUGUGCAUCAAAGAAUCCACACAGGAGAGAAACCAUAUAAAUGUCUGCAGUGUGGAAAGAGGUUUUGCACAAAGUCAAACCUUACUGUGCAUCAAGGAACCCACACAGGAGAGAAACCCUAUAUAUGUCUGGAAUGUGGAAAGAGGUUUAUUGUAAAAUCACUGCCUUGUUGUGGGAUCAUCAAAAAUGUUACGUGAGGGAGCGCAUCGGGCAUCUUUUCAACAAAGCCUUCCGAAAUGU